GAACAUAAGUACACACACAGCCACUGCACUCUCUCUAUCGCAGCUAGAGAGGAUCGUCUAGCUAGCUAGUACUAAUAUAAGCCGAGAGCGGGCGGCGAUCGAGAUGAUGCCCUAUGCUACCGCGGCGGAGGCGGAGGCGGCGCUGGGGCGCUCUAUGACCUGGGCGGAAGCCUUGUGGUUCCGCUACUCGGCGGCGAUGCCGGACCUGUGGCUCAUGUGGCACAUCGCCCUCGUCUACCUCGUCGUCGACGCGCUGGCGCCGCUGCCCGCCAUGAUUCUCCAGCAGCUCGCGCCAGGCUAUGCGCUGCGACACAAGCUGCAGCCCGGGGUGGUGGCGCCGCAGCCCUCGCUGGUUUCUACCUACCUCUGCUACAUGAGGGAGAGCACCCGUGUCUCCCUGGCCAUCUUGGGUCCUUUCCCACUCGUCUACACCCUCACAUUCAAGCUGUUUGGAGUCCGGACAGGGCUUCCUUUGCCCUCGGUAUGGGAGACAGGGAUGCACCUGGUGGUGUACACCUUGGUAGAGGACUACCUGACGUACUGGCUCCACCGCUUUCUGCACACCAAGUGGGGCUACGAGAAGAUCCACCAUGUCCACCACGAGAAGACGGCGCCGUCCGGUUUCGCCGCGGUCUAUUCUCACGGCGCCGAGCUCAGCUUGUUAGCCGUCACAAUCUUUGCAGGGCCAGCAAUGGUGCCAUGCCAUGUCACGACGCACUGGCUUUGGUUCGCCAUCCGCUUAAUGGAAGCCUCCGAUGCACACUGCGGUUACAACUUUCCAUUUAGCCUUGCGGGGUUGAUCCCAUUUUUCGUGGGCGCGGAAUUCCACGACUAUCAUCACUACGCUGGAGGGAAAACUCGGACCAAUUUUGGUUCUGUGUUUACAUAUUGUGAUUAUAUUUAUGGGACAAAUAAGAGCUACCUACACCACAAGAGAAGCCUAGCAAAGCUGAAGACGAUGAAGGAGGUCGAACACAACAUGAAGGGCAGCAGCGUGAAAGAAGACUGAGAUUAGUUAAUAUUUCAUGCAUGGGUAAAUUGGAUAGUAGAUAUAUCCACAUCACCAUAUGCAAUUGCUGGUGGAUCCAUUAUAUUGCCUAGGGAUCAGAUAUCAAACCAGUAAUCCAUAUUUAUUACCAGGGUUUCUCGAUUUGUACCUUAAUUAUGUGUGUCAGUGUGUGUGUAUCUACUACACAUGUAAUUUGUGUAUCCACAAGGAAUAUCAAUGUAUAAUAUUAUAAGUUUUCUGGUGAAAAUUAAUUUUUA